GGAAAAAUGGAGGUUUCAUGAUGAUAUGUUGGGAGUUACUUUUUUGUGUUUUGCGUGGGAAGAAUGUCACGCCUUGCUGACUACUUUGUUGUAGUCGGCUUCGAUCACGAUAAAGAACGUGGUGGUCUCAGCUCUGGCAAAGUUCUUCAAAGAUUUCCAGAAAAAGAUUGGGAUGAUACUCCAUUUAUUGAUGGUAUUGAAUUGUUUUGCCAACCACAAGGCUGGACUCUGUCCACUGUACGCCAACAGCCAACAUUCUUUGUAUCAGUACUCACUGAUAUCGAUGCAAAUAGGCAUUAUUGUGCAUGUUUAUCGUUCAAUGAACCUGUUGCUAUUACACCCAGUAAACCUCCUGAUGAAGAAGGUGAGGAGGAAACAGUGGAGCCCACUGGGGGGUUGGUACAGCAUCAUUCCAUUAUGUAUGCCCCCAAGUGCUUGGUCUUGGUAUCCAGGCUAGAUUACUUUUCUAUAUUUCGUAAUUGUUUAGGCAUCAUCUAUACUGUGUACAUAGAUAACAUUGCUGUACAGAUGGAGACGCUGAUUGGAAAUAUAUUAGGUUCUGUUCAAGUGCCCCUUCCAGGUGGACCACAAGUUAGAUUUUCAAUAGGAGCUGGAGAUAGGCAAGCUCUUCAGCCGCCUUUAAGUGCUACUCUUCCUGUUACUGGCACUACUGUAUUUCAAUUAUUUGAAGAACUGGGUAUACACAAUGUAGUAAUGCUGUUUUGUGCAGCAAUGACCGAGCAUAAAAUACUUUUCCAUUCCAGUAGCUAUUCUCGCCUUACAGAUGCUUGCCACGCUGUCACUGCCUUGAUGUAUCCCUUCAAAUAUAGUCAUGUAUAUAUACCUUUGUUGCCGUCAGCUUUAAUAGAAGUAUUGAGCACACCAACUCCUUUCAUUAUGGGUGUUCAUUCUUCAUUAAAAGGUGAAGUUUUAGAUUUGUUAGAUGUGCUUGUUAUUGAUCUGGAUGGUGGAUCCCUUGUAGUUCCUGAUUGCAUUAACGUUUCAAAGCUUCCUGAACCUUUGAGUUCCCAACUAUAUUCUCAUUUAUGUGGGGUUUUACGCCCUGAGCUCAGAACUGCCGAUGAUGCAUUUCCCCCUUCACAAGCCAAACCUUCGCAACCACACAUGCUUGAUAAAGAAAUUCGAGCUAUUUUUCUUCGUGCAUUUGCCCAGUUACUUCAAGGUUAUCGUUCAUGUCUUACAAUCAUUCGCAUUCAUCCUAAACCUUUUAUUGCAUUUCACAAGGCAGCAUUUCUGGGACAACAAACAUUUUCUGAUUGUGACUUUCUGAUUAAAGUUCUAGAUUGCAUGUUCUUUAACACAUUUGUUUCUGAAAGAGGUCCUCCCUAUCGAGUCUGUGAUAUUUUUGAUGAGAUAUAUGCAACUAUGCAAGAUGCAUUAAAGGCUGAAAUUAAGAAUUCUUCAUCAGUUCUACAACAUAUCCAAGAGUUAGCUCAACAACUUUAUCUGAAUGAAAACCCAAAUCCUCAACCAUAUGUACAGAAAAUUCCAAAACCUACGGAAGGAGCUUUUACACGAAUUCAUCAACCUACUUUUUCAAUCAUCUGUUCAAAAUUGGUCCAAAGCAUCAUUGAUGAGGGAAUGUCAAAACAGUCACUCAGGGCAAAACUCUCUGCAAUUAAGCCUCAGCAGCCAAGGAUAGUGCCUGUUGGACCUCAAAUUCCUUCUUGGCUUGAAAAUCGAGGCUUAGUCACAAAUAGUGCUCGUCGACUUGAAGUUCUACGAAACUGUGUUAAUUGUAUAUUUGAAAACAAAAUUUCAGAUGCUAGGAAGACAUUUCCAGCAGUUCUUAGAGCUUUGAAAAAUAAAACUGCUCGUUUGGCUCUAACUCAGGAACUUGCUCUGCAUGUAACUGGAAAUAAAGCAAUGCUAGAACAUCAGCAGUUUGAUUUAGUUGUUAGACUCAUGAAUUGUGCUUUGCAGGAUGAUUCUUCGAUGGAUGAAUAUGGUGUAGCUGCUGCUAUCUUACCUUUGGCUAUGGCAUUUUGCAGAAAGUUAUGCACUGGUGUUAUACAGUUUGCUUAUACUUGUAUUCAAGAGCACCUUGUUUGGCAGAAUCAGCAGUUUUGGGAGGCAGCAUUUUACCAAGAUGUUCAAAGAGAUAUACGUGCUUUAUAUGUUCCCCAGCGUUCACUAGUGGGGGAAAGAGAGACAACUCUUUCACCUAUUAGUCCAAGAGAGAACAAGGAUAUCAGCAUUGCCUGGAAUCGAGGAGAAAACAGGAACUAUAAUGCUUAUAGCAAUGGAUCUUCAAACCUGGGUAGACAACCUGAACCAAGUGCCUUGGAAAUUGCUGCUGAACAAAUGCGAGUAUGGUCGAAUUUAAGCAGAGAACAACAGAAGGAACUGAUGAACAAUGAAGAAUCUACUGUGUAUAGUCAAGCUAUUCAUUAUGCGAAUAGAAUAGUUGCGUUACGUGUGCCAUUGGAUGUGAGUAAAAGUGCCAAAAGUACAAAUGAUCUUGAAAGAGAGAGUAACAGCAACAGUAAUGUAACUAAUAGCGUGGCUGAGACUGAUAGUGCUGAUGCUGAAAGUGGAUUUGAGGAAGACAAUUCUGAAGUAGGGGCAAAUGUAAUAAAAUUUGUAUCCAGAUUUGUUGACAAAGUUUGCACUGAUAGUGGUGUCACUGAGACUCACAUAAAAGCUCUUCAUCAAAUGAUUCCUGGUGUUGUUGCUAUGCAGAUGGAAACGUUGGAAGCUGUUCACAAGGAGAGUAAGCGUCUCCCACCUAUUACUAAGCCCAAAAUUUUAGCACCAAACUUGCUACAAGGAGAAGAAAUACUAAUGGAAGGUUUGAGGGUUUACCUUAUUCCUGAUGGACGAGAAGAAGGAACUGGUGGCUUAUUUGGUGGUCCAAGUCUUUUGCCAGCAGAAGGAGCUGUCUUUAUUACCAAUUACAGAGUGCUUUUUAAGGGAACUCCAUGUGAUCCUUUUGCUUGUGAGCAAGUUAUUGUUCGUAGUUUUCCAAUUGCAACACUAACCAAAGAGAAAAGGGUGAAUGUACAGUGUACUCAAGUUGAUCAAUUUCUGCAAGAAGGCAUCCAGCUAAGGUCCAAUACGUUUGAGCUAAUAAAGAUUGCAUUUGAUGAAGAAGUUACUUCCGAAAGUAUUGAAACUUUCAGAAAAACAAUAAACAGAGCACGAAGUCCUUCAACCAUUUUUGAUUUGUUUGCAUUUAGUGGGCACGUAGUUCCACAGACUCCUCUUCACAAGCAAAAGGAAAAAAAUGCCACUUUGAAAAUAAUAGCCAAAAAAACUUUGUUGAAAACUGCCAUGAAAGCAGGAUUUAAGCCCAAACCUUCAUCAAGAAAGCAGAAAUAUGUUAUUCAAGGUCCUCAUGAUUCAAGAACUUUACCUAGUCCUGGUAGAACACCCAGUGUUGGAUUUGACAAUGAUAUAGAUCGUCCAUCUUCCCUAUAUGAAGAUGAUUUGUCAAUGAUUGACGAGAGUGAUUUAUCAAUACCAAGUCCUCAUAUUCCAGCUUAUGCACAGCAUAUGGAUUCCAAAACUUUAGAAAAACUGUCUGAACGAAGCUAUUGUAAAGAUUUUCAGAGACUAGGCUUAGGUAUUUUAAAUGGCGGAAGUAACAAAAAUAAAAAUGAUGGCUUUAGAAUAUCUUCAAUAAAUAGUACAUAUUCAAUUUGUCGUAGCUAUCCAGCUUUGUUAGUGGUACCACAGUCAGUUAGUGAUGAAAGCAUUAGAAAAAUUUGCAGAUGUCACAGGCAUGGAAGGUUUCCGGUUAUAACUUGGAGGCAUCCUCGCACUAAAUCUUUAUUGUUACGCGCCAGCAGUUUUCAUGGAAAAGGCGUUAUUGGCAUGCUAAAAGCUCAUCCAUCAUCAACUAGUACUUCUAGUGAAACUUCAGUUCAUUUAGAACAAGAGAAAUUUUUGUCUGCCAUAGUCAAUUCCACUCCUUCUUCAACUAUGCGGCCAACCUGCAGUGGGGAUAUGCAUGACUCAACUCUAAGUAUUACCUCAUUGGUAAUGGGUGUUGGUGGUCUUGAUAAUUUUCCUACAUUAACACCAGAAAUAUCAAGAAGAACUAAUCCAUUACAAAAAGCAGUUAAUAGCCUCAGAUCAUCUGGAGGCAAAGGAGGCAGACGUGUUAGUACAAACAAAAUGGACUUCAGGAUGAACAGAGGAACAUCAAAUUUUCCUGAACUACGGUGGGGUAGCCUUAAAGAAAGGCGACAGGGAUCUACCACUAGUUUAGGCUCUGAAUUUGGACUUAGAACUGGAGGGAGGCUUUCUGAUAUUCCUGAUAUUGUUGACAGUACUACCCAUACCUUGCACAGAGUGGCACUUUAUGUAUUUGGAGAAAAAACACAAAUAAAAGGAAUAAAAGCUGAAUCUUUUCCAAAUUGUGAUUUUAUACCAGUUGAAUUUCCGGAAGUUAAACAUAUCAAAGCCAGUUUCAAGAAGCUUUUAAGAGCUUGUGUUCCCAGUGCACCAGUAUCUGAUCCUGAUCAAUCAUUCUUGAGAGCUGUGGAGAAUUCUGAGUGGCUAAUUCAGCUGCAAGGAAUUCUUCAGCUGUCGGGUGCAGUUGUUGAUUUAAUGGAUGUCCAGGGUUCAUCAGUCAUGAUAUGUUUGGAAGAUGGAUGGGAUGUUACUACACAGGUUUUAUCACUUGCUGAAUUAUGUUUAGAUCCUUACUACCGAACAUUUGAAGGAUUUAGAACUUUAAUUGAAAAGGAAUGGCUUGCAUUUGGUCAUCGAUUUACUCACAGAAGUAAUCAUACUGCUGCUACCUUAGCAAGUGGUUUCGCCCCCAUAUUUCUUCAGUUUCUAGAUGCGGUUCAUCAAAUACAUAAACAGUUUCCUAUGUCCUUUGAGUUCAACCAAUAUUACUUAAAGUUUCUAGCAUUCCAUUAUGUAUCUUGUCGAUUUCGCACCUUUCUGUUAGAUAGUGAAUGUGAAAGGGCAGAAGUUGGAUGGCUUCUUGAAGACCGAUGCUCUAGACAUCGAGGACUGGACGGUGGUUCAGAUGACGAAACUGGCUUUUCUAUGAAAACAAAUUCCCUAUCGAAUUCAACACUUCUUGGUCCAUCAUUUUGGGAUUAUGUUGAAAAGUUAUGGGCACGGUGUCCAAUAUUUUACAACUUUUGGUAUAUGCCAUGCAGUGAAGAUGGUGUACUGAGACCAUACUCCAAUGUUUCAAAUUUAGCACUUUGGGACUAUUACUUAGAAGAAGAGCUGGCUCAUGGCUCAUCGUAUGACAUUGAGUUAGUUGCAAUGGAAAGACAAAGGGAAGAAGAAUCUGAAGCUGCUGAUGGAAGUUCAAACUUGAGUUCUCGCAGAAUUGUUAAUUACUGCUAUGAUAAUAUUCAAGCUGUACAGCCUGAUUUUUUCACACAAAUGUUAGAAGCUAUUCACAGCUUAGAAACAGAACUUGGUCUUCUUCCUCAGAAAUGGAUAAUGAUGUGGGACAAAAUGGAAGUACCUGGAACUGAUUCCCUCACACGUCAGUCAUCUUUUACUACGCAAAUGGUUAGGUCUCAUGGUAGAUCUAUACACAAGCGGUCAACAAUUGAAAUUUUAGUUCGUGGAAAAAUGGUUGGAGAAGCCUCUCAACCACAAGUAUAUUCUCAUCCUCACAGAUUUGAAAAAUACAAUUAUACUACGCCAACAUACUGUGAUUUUUGCUCACAUGUUCUUUGGGGUUUGGUAAAAACAGGCAUGCGUUGCAUUGAUUGUGGAUAUAAUUGCCAUGAAAAAUGUUUAGAACAAGUACCAAAGAAUUGUACAAAAUAUAAAUCUGUCAGUGAUUCAGGGGCAGCAUCUGCAUCAGUUUCUAAAGGAGGAAGUGCAGAGAGCUCAUCAGUUGCAUCAAGCGUCACAGCAAUGCAAACUAGCAGUCAAUAUUAUGACCAGUUCUCAUCUAAUGUGGCUGAAAAUCGAACUCAUGAGGGAUACUUGUAUAAAAGAGGGGCUUUGCUAAAAGGCUGGAAGCAAAGAUGGUUUGUCUUAGACUCCAUAAAACAUCAGCUGCGUUAUUAUGAUGCGAUGGAAGAUUCCCACAGCAAAGGCUUGGUUGAUCUUGCAGAAGUCAUGUCUGUUGCCCCAGCUACAUCAGUUCAAGGAGCCCCAAAAAAAGCUGAUGAAAAGGCAUUUUUUGAUCUUCGAACAAUAAGGCGAACCUAUAACUUCAUGGCAGCUGAUAGUGUUGCUGCCCAAGAAUGGGUGGAAAAAAUUCAAGCAUGCUUACAAUGAAUUUACCAAAUGUGUUUAGAUGAACUAGUUUGGAAACUUUAGGUGAGACCCAGUAUGAGGUCAUUCUUAUCUACGCAGAUUCAUAGGUGCAAACUAAGGCAAGCUGUUGUAAAAUAUCGCACACUUGUUAUUCGACAAAUAUCUUUUAUGCCUUAGGUUCUGUGCUAAUCUGCUGAAACAAAUAUCCUACAUUAAACACAAAAGUCUAACUAUGCAAGAAACUUUCUUUAUAUAGUUACUUUAUGCGUCAAAAUGUCUAUAACAUUAAUACAG